CCAUUAUUGGAUGUGACGUCACAGGUCAUGGCAACGGCUUUAAGGCUUUUGCUUGUUUUUAAAUGUUUGUUUUCAAAUUUUACAAUGUUUAUUUUCGAACGUUUCGGAGGGUAUAUAAAGCGAGACGGAGCGGUAGCACUUCAGUUCUAAAUCUCUCAAACUCUGGCUUACAUGUGCGAUUUUCACUCUCUGACCAUUUUCUACACGGCGAUCUGCAGUCAAAUCCUGAACCAAGUAAUACCGCUACGAUCAUCCCAGCACCGAGUCACCUCAUCCCGGCACCGAGUCACCGCUACGAUCAUCCCAGCACCGAGUCACCGCUACGAUCAUACCGGCACCGAGUCACCUCAUCCCGGCACCGAGUCACCGCUACGAUCAUACCGGCACCGAGUCACCUCAUCCCGGCACCGAGUCACCGCUACGAUCAUCCCGGCACCGAGUCACUGCUACGAUCAUCCCGGCACCGAGUCACCUCAUCCCGGCACCGAGUCACCGCUACGAUCAUUCCGGCAGCACUUGCGGCGUCGCAGCGAUGAUCUUUAGGAGAGAAGACCUGCCGCAGCUCCUGGAGGAUGAGCCUGAGACCGGAGUGAGCGGACUGUCUGACAGCAACGGAGCAUGGAUGGAGGAAACUCCGUCUGACCUGCUGCUUGCCAGUGAGCUCCACUACAACACCGUGGAGGCUCGUGACAAUGAGGAGUCCUACAGUCCUGAUCAGGUAGGUAUCAAUUGUUUUGCAGGGGAGGAUGUACGCCGGGGGAGGAGACGGAGAGAGCAGAUGAGUGAGGACAACACCGAAGAGGCCCCUCCUAGAAGAAGACGGCGUUUGGAGCAAGAAGAUGAAGACGAUGAGCUGAUUGACUUCACUGGUUGGGAGAGGAGCUCGUCCCCUUCGUGGCACGUAUCCCCUACAUUGUCAUUCGUACCACCUGAAGAUACUCCAUCCAGCAGGGCGAAUUUCUGGAUGAGGAUGAGGGAGCACAUGAGUGAAGAAGAGGACAACGAUGAAGAGGAUCCUCCUAGAAGUAGACAACAUGAGGAGCAAGAAGACACUGAGAAUGAUUUGGAGAGGAGCUCAUCCUCCUUCUCCCUUACUUUUCACUUCUUUCCCACUAAAGAUGGUGCGAUUUACGUCCUUCUUGUCGUUAUCAGCACUCACGACGUAAUUUUGGGCCCAACUGGACUUGUUCCCGUUUCCACUGACAUUCCUAUUAGUUUUCUAGUUACUCUUAACUAGUAGUAUAGUACUAGCUAUUAAGCUACCAUUAGAUAAGCUCCAGUCUUAGGGUUUUACAAGUCUGGUAGCUAUUUCACCUCUAGACUCCAGCAUCAGUCUUUCUAAAAAUCUGUGUUAUGUAUUUUCGGACUAGCCUUCGCUCAGUUCACUCAUUUCAUUUGUACAGUAGGAUUUGUAUUGUGUAUUUAGGAUAUAAGCAUUAAUCUAAUGUAUAUUUAUCAAAUUUAUAUAUAUUAAAUGUGUAGGCUAGACAUAUUAGUGCUAAAAUAGGUUAUGUCUAUUUUUAUGAUGUUUAUUAAAUACAAUAAACGUUUUAUUAAUGAUGGUAUUUAGUUAAAUCUGAAAUAAUCA